CCAUGUUCAAGUCCGUUGUGCCCGUGCUGUCGCAGGUGCCAGCUGAGCUAUGCCUUGGCCAGCAGAACCGUGGCAUGGCCACACUAAAGGCCAUUUCGAUCCGGUUGAAGUCGGUUAAGAACAUCCAAAAGAUCACCCAAUCCAUGAAGAUGGUGUCUGCCGCCAAGUAUUCCCGCGCUGAGCGUGAUCUGAAGCAAGCAAGACCGUACGGUGUGGGUGCCCAGCAGUUCUACGAGAAGGCCGAAGUUGCCCCGAAGGAGGAAGAUGCCAAGAAGCUGUACAUUGCCAUCACGUCGGAUCGUGGUCUGUGCGGUGCGGUGCAUACCGGCGUCGCCCGUUACAUUCGUGGUGAGCUAGCCAAGGAUGCGAACAUCAAGGUGAUCUGCGUAGGUGACAAGUCGCGUGCCAUCCUGUCGCGUCUAUACGGCAAGAACAUCGAGAUGGUGGCCAACGAAAUUGGUCGUCUGCCACCGACCUUCCUGGAUGCGGCGAAGCUGUGCAAUGCCAUCCUGAACCUCGGCUAUGAGUACACCGAUGGCAAGAUUAUUUACAACAAGUUCAAGUCGGUCGUAUCGUACCAGGUGGCGGACAUUUCGAUUUUCUCGCUGAAGUCGGUAGAAUCGGCCGAAAAGCUGCCGGUGUACGAUUCGUUAGAUUCGGAAGUGAUCCAGAGCUAUCUGGAGUUCUCGUUGGCUUCGCUGCUGUUCUACACGAUGAAGGAAGGCGCCUGCUCGGAACAGUCGUCGCGUAUGACGGCUAUGGACAAUGCCUCGAAGAACGCCGGCGAAAUGAUUGACAAGCUGACGCUGACCUUCAACCGUACCAGACAGGCGGUGAUUACGCGCGAGCUGAUUGAAAUUAUUUCCGGUGCUUCCGCUCUGGAGAGCAAGGAUUAA